AUGGGGAAAUGCAGUAUCCAUGGUCUUCACUCUCCACUUCACAGGUAUCAUCAAUCAGGAGACUUCAUUAUUGGUGGCAUUGUUAGUUAUGGUGGUUUCAUGUCAAGUCCAACAUCCUUCACUGAAGAACCCCCACCAGACUUGCCUGAAGACCUUGUCAUAGUGCCUAAGAAUUACCAGCUUCUCCUGGCCUUUGCAUUUGCAGUAAAAGAGAUCAAUGAAAACCCUCAAAUAUUACCUAAUCUCACUUUGGGCAUCCGCAUCUAUGACAGCUAUGACAAUCCAAGGAGAACCUAUCAUGCAACCAUGCUACUUCUAUCAUUGCUUGACAGAUUGGUCCCCAACUACAUGUGUGACACCCAGAAUAAUCUAGUUGCAGUUAUUGGAGGAUUGGACACUGAAAUCUCUCUUCAUAUAGCAAAUAUCUUGGAUAGCUAUAAGAUUCUACAGGUCAUAUAUAGCCCUGCUCCGGUCAUGAAUGAUAAGACUCCAGGACUUCCCUUCUACCAGAUGGUUCCUCAGGAGGCGCUUCAGAAUGAGGGAAUCCUCUCCUUGCUCCUGCAUUUCAGGUGGACAUGGAUUGGACUUGUUGUUUUGGAUAAUGACAAUGGAGAAAGAUUUGUUCAAACAGUGUCUCCAAUGUUUACCCAGAAAGGUGUCUGUUUUGCCUUCAUAGAAAGAAUCGCCAAAUAUAGUUGUAACACUGAACUCCGAAGCAUGAUGGAACAGGGGGCAAAAAUAUAUGAUAAACUGCUGGAUAAGAAAGUCAAUGUAGUGGUGGCCCAUGGAGAAUCGAAUUCUUUUGCACUGUUUAGAUGGUUGCCAUAUGUUGCGCUAGUUUAUCAGAGGAAAAACAAAAUUAAAGGCAAAGUAUGGAUAACAACAGCCCAGAUUGAAUUCAGUUCAUUUGUUACUCAAAGGGACUUGGAUACCAAAAUAUUUAAUGGUGCUCUCUCCUUCAGGAUACACACCAAUGACCUACCAGAAUUCAAGUCAUUUGAGGAGAGCAGAAACCCUUCCAGUGCAAAAGGAGAUGGCUUUAUCAGAGACUUUUGGCAACAAUCUUUUGACUGCAUAUUCCCAGAUACAGCAGAGGAUGGUUUGGAAGCUAAGAUUUGCACUGGGCAGGAAAAGACAAUGAGUGAUACUCAAAGUCAGAAGCUUCAGAAUGAGCAGUGGUGGCAGCUCCAUCAGUUUCUUAGAGUUGUCUCAUUUAACAACAGCGCUCAGAAUAAGAUUUUCUUCAAUGAGAAAGGGGAGGUAGUAGCUGGAUUGGAUGUUAAUAAUUUGAAAUUUUUCUCCAAUGAAUCUUUUCUCCGUGUGAAAGUAGGAAUGAUGGAUCUUCAGGCCUCUCUAGAUCACACACUCACCAUUGAUGAGGAUGCCAUCACAUGGCACAGCUGGUUUAACCAGACACGACCACUUUCUGUAUGUACUGAGAGUUGCCACCCUGGUUCUAGCAAGAGAGUGAAGGAGGGGGAGCCAUACUGCUGCUAUGAUUGCAUCCUAUGUCCAGAUGGGAAGAUUUCAAACCAGGAUGAUAUGAAUGACUGUAAGAAAUGCUCAGACCAAGACUAUCCAAGCAAGAAUCGGGAUUUCUGCAUUCCAAGGACUGUAACCUUCUUGUCUUAUGAAGAACCUCUAGGGCUCAGUUUAGCCUUAUUUGCUCUUUUCUUUUCCUUGACUACAGUUCUGGUGCUGGGAAUAUUUAUGAAGCACCACAACACUCCUAUAGUCAAAGCCAACAACUGGAUCCUCACCUACAUACUCCUCAUCUCCCUCCUGCUCUGCUUCCUUUGCACAUUCUUAUUCAUUGGCGAACCUCAAAAGAUGACAUGUUUCUUACGACAAAUUGCCUUUGCCAUCAUCUUCUCUGUGGCUGUCUCUUCUGUACUGGCAAAAACCAUCAUGGUAGUUCUGGCUUUCAUGGCCACCAAGCCAGGUUCCAGGAUGAGGAAGUGGUUGGGGAAAGAGCUAGCCUUCUCUAUAGUUCUUUCCUGCUCCUUUAUCCAAGCAUGUAUCUGUAUUGUGUGGCUGGGAACCUCUCCCCCAUUCCCAGAUGCUGUCAUCCACUCCGUGGCUGAAGAAAUUGUAUUGCAAUGUAAUGAGGGCUCUGUGACAAUGUUUUACAGUGCCUUGAGCUACAUGGGCUUCCUGGCAAUUAUCAGUUUCACUGUGGCCUUCCUCUCCAGGAAGUUACCUGGCAGUUUCAAUGAGGCCAAGUUCAUCACUUUCAGCAUGUUGGUCUUCUGUAGUGUUUGGUUAUCUUUUGUUCCAUCCUACCUAAGUACCAAAGGUAAAUACAUGGUAGCUGUAGAGAUCUUCUCCAUCUUAGCUUCCAGUGCUGGAUUGCUGGUUUGCAUAUUUUCACCCAAAUGUUACAUUAUUCUGUUGAGGCCUGAGCUGAACAGCAAGGCACAGUUAAUAAUAAGAAAAAACUAA